AUGAAUUUUCUGCAGACUCAAAGGAUCGAGGUGAUAAGCAUGGCAGUAGCUCUGGUUGCCAUUGUUGGUGGCACCGCUUACUAUUACUAUCUCACCAAGAAAUGUAAACGGUGCUUGAAUCCUGAGAAAUUCAAGGAAUUUAAACUUGUCAAACGCACUCAACUCAGUCAUAAUGUUGCCACAUUCAGAUUUGAACUUCCCACUUCUACCUCGGUAUUGGGACUCCCCAUUGGACAACAUAUCAGCUGCAGAGGGAAAGACAGCCUUGGUGAAGAAGUAAUCAGACCGUAUACUCCAACAACUUUGGAUACCGAUAUUGGAUACUUUGAAUUGGUUGUAAAGAUGUAUCCACGAGGAAGAAUGUCUCAUCACUUUAGUGAGAUGCGUGAAGGCGAUCACUUAGCCGUGAAAGGACCAAAGGGACGUUUUAAGUACCAACCCAACCAAGUAAAAGCUAUUGGAAUGGUUGCUGGUGGCACCGGUAUCACUCCAAUGUAUCAGGUUACAAGAGCUAUACUAGAAAAUCCAGAGGAUAAAACCAGCAUAAAUUUGAUAUAUGCCAAUGUCACAUAUGAGGACAUUCUUCUAAAGGAAGAGCUGGAUGAUUUGGCAAUUAAGUUCUCAAAUCAAUUUAAAGUUUAUUAUGUUCUAAAUCAGCCACCAGAAAUAUGGGACGGUGGUGUCGGAUUCGUAUCCUAUGAAAUGAUCAAAACAUAUUUCCCUGCACCCGCAUCGAAUAUUAAGAUAUUAAGAUGUGGACCACCUCCCAUGAACAAUGCUAUGGCUGCUUACCUUGGACUUCUUGGUUACAGUGAUGAGAUGCUGUUUGAGUUUUAG